AUGGCAAAGCUCGAAGGCGGCAGCAAGGGCAAGGAUGUGGAUGAAGCCAUGGAGAGGUGGCACGACCGUUCCUUGGGCCACCGGCUGUACGACGCCUUCACCGUAGCCGGCCUCCGUGUCGAGGCCAUCGAACCCGGCCGCCUCCUCUGCUCCUUCAUGGUCCCUCCUCGCCUCACGUCGAGCGCCAGCAACCGUAUGCACGGAGGCGCGGUGGCGUCGCUGGUGGACCUGGUGGGGUCUGCGGUGAUCUUCGCCGGCGGCUCGCCGGUGACGGGGGUCUCGCUGGAUAUCACCAUCUCCUACCUGGGCGCCGCCCGUGCAAACGAGGAGAUCGAGGUAGAGGCUCGGGUCCUCGGCAUCGGCGACAAGACGGGGUGCGUGACCGUGGAGGUGAGGAGGAAGGACACCGGCCAGGUGCUCGCGCACGGCCGCCACACCAAGUAUCUCGCCAACGUCUCCAGUAAACUCUGA